CUCCAUGUCUCCAUGUCUCCACAUCCUGGAGCUUCAUACAAAAUUUCCCUUCUACUCUCAACUUCCAAAUCCCCAAACGCCUUGACGCCGCACCACUUCGUUUCCACCAUUUUACUCGCUCGCUUUCGGUCUUCGGUUUUCUUACGUCUCUGAAAUCGUCCUCAAUCCAUGUCCUAACCGAUCUAUCGCGACCAUGUCCCUCUUCGGAAACACAGGAGGCAACACGGGUGGAGGCCUGUUUGGCGGCGGGCAGCAGAAUCAAAAUCAAGCCCAGCAGACUGGCACAACGCAGAGCACGGGAGGCUUGUUUGGUGGACUCAACCUGGGCAAACCCCAGACUUCUACUGCGGGUACCGGCGCCAACACAGGUGGCCUCUUUGGCGGACAACAACAACAACAACAACCACAACAACAACAGACGCAACAAACAGCGGCCAAACCGAGCCUCUUCGGCAGCCUCAACACUGGCAACACCCAGCAGCAGUCGCAGCAACCCACGACCGGUGGUGGUCUUUUCGGUGGACAACAGAAUCAGAACCAAAACCAGGGCUUUGGGGCGUCAACCCAGCAGUCUACCGCGGGAGUAGGAGGCGGUCUCUUUGGAAAGCCUGCCGCGACAGCCACACAACCUCAGCAGGGCGCUUCUCUCUUCGGCGGCGCGCCAUCAGCUGCCCAGCAACAGAACAUGCCCUCUCUGUUCGGUACCUCGACGGCUCAGCCGCAGACGACGACCAAUGCCCCCGGCGUCAGCCUCUUCGGCGGUGCGUCCUUUGCAAACCAGCAACCCCAGGGCCAGGGCCAGGGUCAGGCCCAGACACAGACACAGACACUGAACAACCACUCCCAACAACAGGCAGCCCAGCCGUCGAGUGCCUACUUUGACAGCCUCUUUGCAAAGAGCAAGAAACAUGGCCAAGGAGACGGGUCCCUGGAAGAGCUGCCCAGCUUGCAGCUAGGCCUGGGCGACCUCCGCCAGCGGCUCAAGACCCUUGGCUCUAGACCCCACGAGAAGCGGCUCGACGGCCGGGCUCACUACCUGCUUGCCGCCUCCGGUGUCGAUCCCACCACGGCUGCCAAGGACCUCGGCUCCCUGGACAUGCAGAGGGGCAGGGUCGAGAGAUCGGCUGGCUACUCACCGAGCGAGAUCGACGUCGAGACCUAUCUGGCCAACCUACAAUCCAAGACUACCAUGAGCAUGAUCGCCGAUGGACUCGAGCGGUCGGCCCGCGAGUUCGACGGCUUCCUGGAGGACAACGUCACCAUGGAGUGGGACGCCCAGAGGAAGCGCAUCUACGAGCACUUCGGCAUCAGGCCCCGCGACCGUCCCGUCGGCUCCAACUCGGUCAGGGACUCUCAUCAAGGCGGUUUCGGUCGUUCUCGCCGGAGCAGAGGCAGUCAGGCCGGGCCGCGUCCGGGCAGGCAGAGCGUGCUCGGCAAGUCCAACCUCCAACGGUCCGUCAUUGGUACCCCCAGCAGGAUUGGUAUUCAUCAGUCAGAGUUCGCCGACGUCGAGAGACCCACCGACUCCGACGGCCCCUUGCACGGCCGCAUCGGCCCCGACGACAGGGUCCUCCGGGAGAAGCAGGGCAAACUCGCCGACAAGGUUCGCAACCUCAACGCCUCUCGUCUCGCUCGCCAACCGUAUCCCAUCCUGUCCGAGCUCGCCGACGUAGAGAAGAAGUCCCACGAGCCACACGCGCCCCAUAUCGUGGAAGCCUACUACGCCCUCCGGCAGAUCGUCGGAGAGGAUCCCGAAGCCGACACCACCGUCAACCAAGCCACCGCCAAGGAGCGACAGUUUGUGCAGAUGUACAUGGACGAGUCGCCCAACUCGCCUAAUGCCGUGGCUAUGCGCAAGAAGAUUCUCGGCGGCGCCAACGCUUUCUUGGAGAAGAAGUUCUUGCGAGACCUCGAGGGCCUCAUCUCCAAGUAUCCUCACGAGGCCAACCUCGGCGGUCGUCCGGACAUCGUCAGCAAGGUCAAGGCCUACAUCCGUCUGAGGUCGGCCCGCAAGGAUCUCGUCCCCGACAACACUGAACUGCAGCAGGCCAAGGGCGAGUACGUCUGGGCCAUCGUCUUCUACCUGCUCCGCUCCGGCCAUGUCAGCGAGGCCGCUCAGUUUGUCAACGAUAACGCGAGCAUCUUCCGCAGCAUCGACCGGACCUUCCAGGGCUACCUGAACAACUACGCGGCGAGCGAGGACAGGCGACUGAAGAGGAGCCUCCAGGAACGCUGCAACGCCGAGUUCAUCCAGCGCGUGCGCAACGCGCCCGAAAACUCCAUCGACCCUUUCCGGAUGGCCUGCUACAAGAUCAUCGGGCGGUGCGACCUCAACAACCGGAAUCUGGACGGCCUGAACACCGACAUCAGCGACUGGAUCUGGCUGCAGUUCAACCUGGCGCGGGAGGGCGACCGUUCCCUCGAGGUGGCCAGCGAGGCCUACGGGUUGUCGGAGCUGCAGGCCGGCAUCAAGGAGAUCGGCAACAAGCACUUCCCCAAGGUUGCCACCGCCACGUCGGACGACAACAGCAGCGGAAGCUUCGGCAUGUUCUUCUACCUCCAAGUCCUCUCGGGCAUGUUCGAGGAGGCCGCCGCCUACCUGUACCCUUUCUCCUACGUCGACGCGGUGCAUUUCGCCAUCGGCCUCGAGUACUACGGCCUCCUCCGCCCCUCCGACCCUCUGACGGCCAUGGACGACCUGCGGAGUCUGAAUUCGCGGGGCUUGGUGCAGAUCAACUUUGGUCGCAUGCUGGGGUUCUACACCCGGGACUUCAGGGCCGCCGACGUGGUUUCCGCCGUGGACUACCUGACCCUCAUCUGCCUCAACAUGGACCUGCCAGGCGAGGGCGGCCGCCGCCACGCCAACCUGUGCUGGGAAGCCCUGCGCGAACUCGUGCUGGAGACCAGGGAGUUCAGCAAGCUGAUCGGCGACAUCCGGCCCGACGGGCAGCGGAUACGCGGCAUCAUCGAGGAACGCGGCCCCCUCAUCGGGCUGAGCGAGGAGGACGAUUUCGUCAACACGGUCACCAUGCAGGCGGCCCACUUCGCCGAGGAGAACGGCCGCACCACGGACGCCGUGCUCCUUUACCACCUCGCUGGCGAGUACGACACGGUCGUGUCCAUCGUCAGCCGCGCCCUCAGCGAGGCCAUCUCCUUGGACAUCGGCCAGGAUCCCCUCAAGCUCAUGCCCGUCAAGCCGCGGGCCGAAGGCCAGGGGGCGGCGGAUCUCGGUAGCAGCCUCAGCCUGGCGUCCAUCGAUGACCCGGUGCAGUUGGCCAAGACUAUGAUGUCCAUGUAUGAGCGCGAUGCCAUGUUCCAUCGCAUGAUCCAGGACCAGAACCAGGUUGCGUGCCGAGUGCUGCUUGAGAUGAGUACCAUCAAGUCUUUGGUGGAGGAGAAGCAGUGGGCUCAGUGUCUUGAUAAAAUCCGCAACCUCGAGAUCUUGCCCCUGGAAGCCAACGGCGACCCGGCCAUCAUCCGCGCCUACGCCACCAAAUUCCCCGGCCUUUCCCACCCGGUCUCCAUCAACGUGCCCAACCUCCUCCUCUGGACCAUCGUCGCCUGCACGCGCCAGCGCGAACAGCUCGCCGCCAGCGCCUUCUCUGGCAACGAGGGCACCCGCCGCCUCAUUAUCGAGCAGCUCAAGCAGAUGGUCCUCGAUCUCACCACCUACACCUCGCAGCUGCGGUACCGGUUCCCUCCCUCGCUACAUGAGGCGCUGGCUAGGGCUUCGGCUGAGUAGCGAGGAGAAAGCGGAGGCGGAGUGGACACGAUCAAUUCUUCGGAAGCUUCCCUUUGACACCCUACGAUAUGGGGGUGAGUGGUUCACAGAACUGGAUACAUGGCUCUUUGGAAGGGGAUGUGUGUAUGAUCUAGUAUGGACUGGACAGUGAAGCUUUAGAAAGGAGACGGUGCCUUAUGUUAUGGCUUCUUCCCCAGUGGUUAAUAGAGAUGCGUCUCCCUGGGAGGUCUUGACGGGGAGAUGUCCUGUUUAGGCUUGUAUCUUUGCGUGUCUAGCUAGGGUAGACUUGACGGUCAGAGAGGUAAUAUCGCUCUUGUAUGAGUUGAAUAUGAACAAAUGGCAUGACGAUUUGCAGUUGCCAUGGCCUUUCCGUCUCAAAAAAGGGGUUCAUUUCUGCUAGUUGAAAAUAACUAGACGAGUAAAAACAACGC